CUCGGAGUUUGUCGUGGUCACAGCUGCCGCGAUAAAGUUGGCGUGUUAGUUUCAAGCAUCGAUUGAAACUAUCGUAUCAAGACUCGGACUCGUGUUGGAUGUGCGCAGACGUAGGACGUAGGCACUUUUUUGCGUUUUAAUGAAAUCAUACGGAUUGUCCCUCGCUACUGCUGCUGUCUUGGGUGAUGAGGAAAAGAAAAUGGCGGCGGAAAAUGCGAGUAUCGAAGGCGAAGAGGGAUCGUUCAGUCUCACAGUCGAAGAGAAGAAGGCGCUCUCUGCAUUGGAUAGCAGCCUUUUCGGAUUCUUAAGCCAAACCGAAGAUGGCGCCAGGACGAAGACGCUAUUGAACAAGGCUAUUCACUGCUAUGAGUCUUUAAUAGUGAAAGCUGAAGGAAAAGUGGAGUCUGAUUACUUUUGUCAACUAGGUCAUUUCAAUCUCUUACUGGAAGAUUAUUCAAAAGCAUUGUCAUCUUACCAGAGAUAUUACAGUUUACAGACUGACUACUGGAAGAAUGCUGCCUUUCUGUAUGGUCUUGGUUUGGUCUACUUCUACUACAAUGCAUUUCAAUGGGCAAUUAGAGCAUUUCAAGAUGUCCUUUAUGUUGACCCCAGUUUUUGCAGAGCCAAGGAAAUUCAUUUACGACUUGGUUUUAUGUUCAAAGUAAACACAGACUAUGAGUCUAGUCUAAAGCAUUUUCAGCUAGCUUUGAUCGACUGUAAUACCUGUACUUUGUCUAGUGUUGAAAUUCAGUUUCAUAUUGCUCACUUAUAUGAAACCCAGAGGAAAUACCAUUUUGCAAAAGAAGCCUAUGAACAACUUUUACAAAUUGAAAGCCUUCCAUCACAAGUAAAAGCAACUGUAUUGCAACAGUUAGGUUGGCUGCAUCAUAAUAUGGAUCUAGUAGGAGACAAGGUCAACAAGGAAAGAUAUGCUAUUCAGUAUCUCCAAAAGUCACUGGAGGAAGAUCCUAAUUCUGGCCAAUCUUGGUAUUUCCUUGGAAGGUGUUAUUCAAGUAUUGGCAAAGUUCAGGAUGCCUUUGUAUCUUACAGGCAAUCCAUUGAUAAAUCAGAAGCAAGUGCAGACACAUGGUGUUCAAUAGGUGUGCUCUAUCAACAGCAAAAUCAGCCUAUGGAUGCUUUACAGGCUUAUAUAUGUGCUGUACAGUUGGAUCAUGGACAUGCAGCAGCCUGGAUGGACUUAGGUAUUCUUUAUGAAUCCUGCAACCAACCUCAGGAUGCCAUUAAAUGCUACUUAAAUGCAACUAGGAGCAAAAGCUGUAAUAAUACCUCUGCACUUACAUCAAGAAUUAUGUUUUUACAGGCUCAGUUGUGUAACCAUCCACAAGGUAGUCUACAGAAUAAAACUAAAUUACUUCCUAGUAUUGAGGAGGCAUGGAGCCUACCAAUCCCCGCAGAGCUUACCUCCAGGCAGGGUGCCAUGAACACAGCACAGCAGAAUGUUUCUGAUAGCUGGAAUAAUGGCCACACUGCUUCACAUCAUCCAGUACAGCAACAAGUUUAUACACAGCGCUUCACAGAACAGAAUUUACAGGGUUCUGAUAAAGAUCAGAGUUUAUAUUUGGCAACAGUGAAUGAUGACCACCCUCCAUAUCUCACUGGGUCCACAAAAUAUCUCCAAGCAGCUAGCACUGGUAUUCAGAAUCAGAAUGGAAAUCAUAGUGUGCCUCAAAAUUCACGUCCAAAAGGGCAUGCUCCAAACCAUUUCUCCUUUCAUAUUCCUACCUCAGAAGAACAAAAGGUCACUAAUUGUACCAAAGAGAGUAAGCAUUCAAGGAGUAGAUCCUUGAGUUCUAAAACAAGUAGGCAAGACAUAUCAAAUAUUUGUAUUAAUGUAAAGGGACAUUCUAAUCAUGUUCAUCAGAUCACAUCAGUUGCUAUCUCCAGCCCUAAUAAUGAAGAUUCUGAGUCAACAAAUUUAGUAGUAGACAAUCCACAGCCUUCUGCCUUGGUUGGAGAAGCUAUUGACAGUGUGGGUACUGGGACUUGUGACAAAGUCAAUAAUGUUCAUCCAGCUAUUCACAAAAUGCCUGAUAAUCUUGCUGCUUCUUCACCCUCUUCAGCCAAUUCCACAGAAUCACUUUCUCCAAAGUUAACUAACCAGAAUCAUGCACACAUUACUGGUUUUAUCAUCCCUCACAGUAGAUUACAUACCAGUAAUAAAGAAGGGCAAGAAAACUCAGAGAGCUCUGUCGUUGUUAAUCUUGGCCUCAGACCUAGACCUCAAAUUACACCUCCAGUGUCUGUGUCUAUAUACUCUACUUCAACAGAAGUUCUGAAAGCAUGCAGGAAUCUAGAUAAGAAUGGCUUGUCUAAUAGUCAUGUUCUGUUGGAUAUAUGCCCUCCUCCAAGACCUCCGACUUCACCAUAUCCUCCCUUACCAAAGGAGAAGUUGAAUCCACCUACUCCUAGUAUUUAUCUGGAAAAUAAGCGUGAUGCCUUUUUUCCUCUUUUACAUCAAUUUUGCAUCAACCCAAAAAACCCGGUCACAGUAAUUCGAGGCCUUGCUGGAGCUCUUAAGUUAGAUCUUGGAUUGUUCUCUACCAAAACUUUGGUAGAAGCUAACAAUGAUCAUAUGGUAGAAGUGAGGACACAAUUAUUGCAGCCAGCAGAUGAAAACUGGGAUCCCACUGGAACAAAGAAAAUCUGGCGGUAUGAAAAUAAAAGUUCUCAUACUACAAUUGCUAAAUAUGCACAGUACCAGGCCUGCUCCUUCCAAGAAUCAUUAAAAGAAGAAAAUGAAAGAAGAAUGCAAGUCAAAGACUAUUCAGAUAGUGAAUCAACAUCUUCAGAUAAUUGUGGAAGAAAACGGAAAGGACCUUUUAAAACCAUAAAGUGUGGGAUUAACAUUGAUCUGUCUGAUAUCAAAAAGUGGAGGUUGCAGUUACAUGAGCUGACUAAACUUCCUGCUUUUGUACGUGUUAUAUCAGCAGGAAAUCUUCUAAGUCAUGUUGGGUAUACCAUACUGGGAAUGAAUACAGUUCAACUAUGUAUGAAAGUUCCAGGGAGUAGAAUACCAGGUCACCAAGAAAAUAACAACUUCUGUUCUGUUAACAUAAAUAUUGGUCCAGGAGAUUGUGAAUGGUUUGUUGUUCCUGAAGAUUAUUGGGGUGUUCUGAAUGACUUCUGUGAAAAAAAUAAUUUGAAUUUCCUGAUGAGUUCUUGGUGGCCAAACCUUGAAGAUCUUUAUGAAGCAAAUGUUCCUGUAUAUAGGUUUAUUCAGCGACCUGGAGAUUUGGUCUGGAUAAAUGCAGGCACUGUCCAUUGGGUUCAGGCUAUUGGGUGGUGUAACAACAUUGCCUGGAAUGUUGGUCCACUUACAGCUUUUCAGUAUAAAUUGGCAGUUGAACGUUAUGAAUGGAACAAAUUGCAAAGUGUCAAGUCAGUAGUACCCAUGGUUCAUCUUUCAUGGAAUAUGGCACGAAAUAUCAAAGUCUCAGAUCCAAAGCUUUUUGAAAUGAUUAAAUAUUGUCUCCUGAAAAUUCUAAAGCAAUGUCAGACUUUGAGAGAAGCUCUUGUUGCAGCAGGAAAAGAGGUUCUAUGGCAUGGGCGGAUAAACGGUGAACCCGCCCCUUACUGUAGUAUCUGUGAGGUGGAAGUAUUUAAUUUGCUUUUUGUCACUAAUGAAAGCAAUUCUGAAAAGACAUUUAAGGUACAUUGUCAGAACUGUGCACGAAAAACAAGUGGAAAUUUGGAAAAUUUUGUGGUACUAGAACAGUACAAAAUGGAGGACCUGAUGCAAGUCUAUGACCAGUUUACAUUAGCCCCAUCAUUAUCUUCUGCAUCUUAACAUUGUUCGAGAAAUAUUGGGAACAUUGUUCUUCAGGAAAUAUGCUACUUAUUUUGUAUUUCAUAAGAUUAUUAUCUCAAAGCUAAGUCUAUGCAACCUCUCAAGAAUAGAACAGGACACUAAACAGUACAGCUUGUACUCCAAUAUGCAUAAAGUUGAACCAGAUGGAUUCCAUUUUUUGUUAAAAAUUAAUGUUAGUAUAUUCUCAUGAUUUAUAUAUAUCUGUCAGAAAUACUGUUUGGACUGCAUUUCUGAGCUGAUGGGUUUAUGCUGUGUAUUAGUCUUUAAUUUCUAUCUCCAGAAUUACAUAGAGUCCUAGUUGGCUAUUUCUUUGUAAGACAAUUACUAAAUUAAAAAAUUCUUCUGAAGUCAAAAUAAUAUAAAAAAGGCUUAUACUGCCCUCUGUCUCUAUUGUUUUGAAGCCAUGAUUUCAUGUGGUUACAAAAUAAACAAUAACUGUGAAGGCAAUUAUAAUGGGUUGCAUAUAAACAAUAAAUUUCUGAGUGGUGUUUUUUGUUUUUAAUCUUGACUCAGAUUUACACAUUAGAUAUAUAUUGAUUUCUUGAAAUUAUUUGUGAAUAGAAUGUUGUUAUUUUUUGUAGACUUCCUUGCCAUUAAAUACUGAGUUGCAUAAUUUUACAUACCAGUUUUAUAUAUGCAAAUAAAGCUAUUUAGGAU